AUGAAUUGGAACACUGGUGACGAAAAUCGAGAAGCUCUUCGCUUCUACAAGGAUCACACGGCACAGAUUGAGAUUGUUCGCCGUGAUCGAACACUUGAACGAGUCGUUUUCCCAAUUCAUCCAACAUGCUCUUUCCUCACGAAAGAAACGAAACAAUUCGUUUAUGAAAAUACGGAAAGAGAUGCACAGGGCUCAAAAGUAACCGAAUUCUUCGAGCAAUGGGAAGAAUUGUAUGAGGAAAUGAGAUGGCAAGAGAAGCUACAAAAUCGUCGAAUUCUCUCUUGGUGCACUCAACGUCUCCGUUUAUGGGGUCGUCUGUGUCUUUUCUUUGCAAUUCUCGUCAAUAUCAUUGUUGCUCUUCAUUUCCCGUUUGAGAGAGAUGACGUGCCUUACACUCAUCCUGAUACCUCUGUGUUAGCGGGAGCUUUCGGCUCGCUCGCUUUUCUUUAUUUUCGAUGGGAUGACACCUCAGCUGUCGGGACUUCUUGGGGUUUCAUGUGGUGUAUCGCUUUCUUUAUGUUUUCUUUUUCGACUCUUCUGAUGAAUGUGAUCGGAUUGGUGCCGGCUCUAUGGAUUAUUGGAAUAUUUCAGUGCAAUUGUGUCGAACUCAUCCCCCCACACGAGGCCUCAAAUCCUCGCGUUUCCCGAGUUCGAUUUACACAAGCGGACGAACAUAUCCCCCAA